GAGAACUGUGUCAAUAAUUUUAUGUCAAAGAUAAUAAAUGAAGACACGUCACGUAUUUCUCUUUUCUAAUAGAAAAGUGCUCCACCCUCUUCUGUUCUAAUUUAUAAAUAAAAUAAAGAUUUUAUUACUUUUUGUCAAAUGUUCAUCCACUGAGGAAUAAUCGAUAAUAUUUGCGUCGUCUGGUACACCUGUUGAUUAUGACAUAACUUUCGAAACAAUUUUUCGGAAAAACUUAUGGAAAUUUACCAUAAUUUGCCGAUAUCCACAUGACCUUGCUACAAUGACUAGUCCCAAGAUAACCUACAUACAUAGCAUUACGCUGCUAAAGAAUAAUAAGGAAAAAUGCUUUCCUGUACUAGACGUCUUGGAAAAAUUGCUCCAUUCUCAAGAGCUGUACAAAGUCUCUACAGGAAUCAAUCUACUUUAAAAUUGGACGUAGAUGAGUUUGAUAUUCCCAUGCCUUGGGGAAAGAUUGCUGCCAAAUGGUGGGGUCCCAAAGAUCGUCAGCCAAUCCUGGCACUUCACGGAUGGCAGGAUAAUGUGGCAACGUUUGAUACGAUGAUUCCACUUUUACCACCAAAUACAUCUGUACUUGCAAUAGAUUUACCUGGUCACGGAUACUCGACAUGGUUACCGCCGGGACAACCAUACUCCCUACUCGGUAGUGUGCUCCUUAUUCGGAGGAUAGUAAAAUGGUACAAAUGGCAACAAGUAAAACUUUUAGGACAUUCUAUGGGGGGUAUGAUGGUGUUUCUGUACGCUUCUUACUUUCCAAAAGAUAUUCAAUUUGGUAUUUCCAUCGACAUGAUAAGUCCACCUAUCACCGAAGCUAGUAAAAACUGCGAAAACAUUGCUUGGCAAAUUAACGAGAUUCUCAGAUUAGAGACUCGCAAAAGCCAACCACCUAAGUACAGUUAUAAAGAAUUAAUGCAGAAAUGGAUUAUAGGAACUGAUCAUUCUCUGGAUGAACCUGCUUGUGAAUUAUUGAUGGUACGAAGCGCCAAGGAGAUACAGGAAGGGCUUUUCAUAUUCACUAAAGACCCACGACUGAUAAAAUACAGUUCUCUUGACACGGGCUAUUCACUUCCAUACACCUUGACAUUGGCUGAACGGAUCAAAUGUCCGUACAGAAUUAUCAAAGCCAUUGAUUCACCAUGGUACCAAGACAAACAGCUCUCUAUUCAAACCGUCAAAGAAAUGGAGAAAAGUAGUGUAGAUUUUAAAUUCCAUUUGAUACCUGGAAAACAUCAUUUGCAUUUGACUCAUCCUGAGACAGCUGUUGAAAUAAUUAAUCCAUUUUUAGAAAAAUACAAUGUGUAGCGAAUAAGUAAGAAAAAUUAGUUAGGAUAGUUGGUAUAUUAUCACAUGUCAAUCGAUUUAGUCAAACUGGAGAUGAUAAUAAUUUAUUCUGGAUUGGUUUAGAUCAUUGAUUGACUAGCCAAAGCUAUUUAUUUGUUGGAAUAAUUAUCUUAAGAAAGUAUGUAACGUGAAAUAAAUUAUCACAGAUGAAUGAA